GUUCAAGGCGCGUCUACCAUCAAUUAUUCAUGAGAUUAGUAUUGAGUCUGUGCCAUGUGGUGUGGUGGUAUUCUAUAGCUAGAGUGCAGCUAGUCGUUGAUGUGGUACCUGUCGUGCGACAACAACAAUGAAGCGAACGUAACGAACGAAAAAAGAAAACGGCGCGAAAUAAAACAACAAACUAAAAAAAACAAGAUAAUUACUAUUGUGUAACAGGAUAAACAACAAAGAUGCGAGAAACUGUUUGUAGUGAGUGUAACCAGAGGUUACCAACGGAUGUAGCUAGAGGUGCGGAUGGAUGUAGCAGCUCAAUACCGUACUGGGAUCAGGAAAGCCUUCAGGCUAAGAAUCCGGCUUUCGGAAAGUUGCAGGAACUCGAUGGACCCAGUUCGGAAUCCGGCGAUUGCAGUGAUGUUGUCAUACAGACGACAAACGACGGUGACGUGAAUUUAAAUCAGGCUGGUCACGGCGGUGAAAGUGACGAUGGACCAACGUUUCCCAUAUACUUUAAGAAGAACUCGAAGAGGUACGAGGCUUCGAAUAAAGGCGAAAGACGUCCUCAUGGUAACUCAAAGCGCAUAGUAAGACGACUGAUCAAGAAGAACGGCAAUAUAAAUGUCAUCCGCAGCAAUUUUUCGAUAUUCCGAGAUCGCUACAUCAGGGAUUUGGGCCACACUCUGGUCAAUUCUAGUUGGAUUUGGACCAUCUUCUGUCUGACGGCAUGCUUCAUGCUAAGUUGGACGCUCUUCGCUACAGGCUGGAUGAUAAUAGGCAUAGCAAAUGAUGAUACAAAUAGCACGUCACCUUGCAUGGAAGGAAUCAGCGGCUUUGCAGGCUACAUGAUGUUUAGUAUCGAAACUCAACAGACAAUAGGCUACGGUUCAAGAUAUAUCACAAACAACUGUCCCGAGGGAACCUUCAUGAUCAGUUUGCAGAUGAUCUUGAGCGGAGUGUUUUGCGGUGGAAUGGUGUGCAUAGUCAACGCGAAGAUGGUCCGACCGCUUCAACAGUUCUCCAAGAACCUCUUCAGCAAAAGAGCGGUGAUCAACAUGAGGGAUGGCGAAUUAUACUUCAUAUUCCGAUUGCGUGAUGAGAACAGGAGAUUUGCAGUUGGGACAGCUAUAAACGUGUAUUUAGUACAGAGCAGAGUUGAGGAACCGUUCCUGGAGUCCAUGCAAUUGGAACCCCUCGGUAUACUCAUUUGGCCUUUGGAGGUUGUCCAUAAAAUCACUCCAACAAGUCCGUUCUGGGAUUUAUCUGCAAAAGAGUUAAUCACUAAAAGUUUUGAGGUGAUAGUUACCAUGACCGGAACUUCAGCGGUUUCAGGGCAAUCCUCCAAGACCAGUACAUCUUACUUAAGCAGUGAAAUCCUGUGGGGCGGAAGAUACAAACCUUGCGUUGUCUACGAUUUGAACAAAAGCAGUUACAUAGUGGAUCAUUCGCUCUUCAAUGCUACAGAGGAAACUUCUAUACCUUUGUGCAGUGCGCAAAGAUUGAGCGAGGUCAUACAUGAUAUAAUAACCCCAAUGAAUAGUCCCGUGGAAGAAAAUCGAAAGUUCUUAAACGAAUUCGAUAAAAAUGAUUCCGUGCUACCAAUUGAAACUGGUAAAAUAGCAGGAAGUAGCGGGGUUAUAUAUAGAAAUAGUAAUAAACCAAAAAGAGAGGAAGAAAGUCGACUCAAUUUCACUGAAAAUUCGCAGAGAAUUGGAAAGAAAAAUGACAGUUUAGAUGUCGAUGCUUUACUGAAAUCACUCGACGAUUUCAUCAAGGAUGUUAACGAAUUCUCCAAAGACGAUAGUCAGGGCAAUAAAUAAUUUUUAUGUUGCUAACAUUACUUAAUAAGUAUUACAAUUGUAGUGGUAGUAAAACUAAACUGAGUAUUAUUUUAGAUAGUUUUCAAUGCUUUCUCUGAACUUUCUCUGUAGUCAGUACAAUUUGUCAAUAGUAAUAUACAUAAAUUAUAAGAUAUGUUUAGAAAUCAUUUUCAAAACAUAAAUGUUGAAUGUCUA